GAGGGUGUGUGGAAGGGCCGGCAGGCGGCGCCCGCGUCGACCCGUCGUGGCCAGUGUGGUCUGGAAGCUUCCCCUGACGCGCCCGCCCGACCGUCCUUUCUCUCACCCACCUCUACUCUACCGGCACACAAGCAUUAGCAGGGAGCCAGGCAGCAAGAGACUACAGGAUGGUUAAGGAAACAGGAUAUUAUGAUGUGCUUGGGGUUAAACCCACAGCUACUGCAGAUGAACUGAAAAAAGCAUACCGAAAGCUCGCUCUGAAGUACCAUCCUGAUAAAAACCCAAAUGAGGGUGAGAAGUUUAAGCUCAUCUCUCAAGCAUACGAAGUGUUGAGCAAUGAGGAGAAGAGAAAAAUUUAUGACCAGGGAGGUGAGCAGGCACUUAAGGAAGGGGGCUCUGGAGGUGGGUCCUUCACUUCACCAAUGGACAUUUUCGACAUGUUCUUCGGAGGCGGCAUGAGACGAGGCCGUGAAAAGAAGGUGAAGGAUGUAGUCCAUCAAAUGAAUGUGACCUUGGAGGAGCUGUAUAAUGGUGCUGUUAGAAAGCUGGCUCUCCAGAAACAUGUAAUCUGCAACAAAUGUGACGGUCAGGGAGGCAAGAAGCCCCCAGAGAAGUGUCCCAGUUGUAGAGGGACAGGCAUGCAGGUGCGAAUCCAGCAACUUGGACCGGGUAUGGUGUCCCAAGUUCAGAGCAUGUGUGGCGAGUGCAGAGGUCAAGGAGAACGUAUUAAUCCCAGAGACAGAUGUAAAAACUGUGAAGGCAAAAAGGUUGUUAAAGACAGGAAAAUUCUUGAGGUACAUGUUGACAAGGGUAUGGAAGAUGGUCAGAAGGUGGUGUUCUCUGGAGAAGGAGACCAGGAGCCAGGAUUGGAACCUGGUGACAUAAUCAUUGUGUUGGAUGAGAAAGAACAUGCAGUUUUUAGACGGGUAAACAACGACCUGACCAUGCAGAUGCACAUAUCCUUAGUGGAAGCUUUGUGUGGCUUCCAGAAACCAAUAAAAACGUUAGAUGAUAGAACUAUCGUAAUAAGCACUAUUCCUGGUGAGGUAGUGAAGAAUGGAGAAAUAAAAGCAGUAUUAGGUGAAGGUAUGCCACAGUACAAGAAUCCCUUCGAGAAGGGAAGAUUGCUCUUGCAGUUUUUGGUGGACUUCCCCACACACAUCCCACUUGAUCGUAUUUCUAGGCUUGAAAAGAUUCUACCUGCAAGGCCAGAGGUUAUGAUACCAGACGACAGUGAAGAAUGUCAGCUAAUUGAGAUGGAUCGGUCACAGCGUAAUCGUCGACAUAACUCUAUUUAUGAUGAGGAUGAUGAUGAUCAUCCUGGUGGAAGGCAACAUGUUCAGUGUCAAACCAGUUAGACUUUUGGGUUUUAGUACAAAACUGACUCCAUAAAUUCAGAAAUGAAAGUAAUUAAUAUAUAUAUAUAUAUAUAUAUAUAUAUAUAUAUAUAUAUAUAUAUAUAUAUAUAUAUAUAUAUAUAUAUAUAUAUAUAUAUAUAUAUAUAUAUAUAUAUAUGUGUGUGUGUAAUAUGAACUAUGAAAAAAUAUUGUGAAAGACAUAAGAAGUGUUUUUAAGUUUUGGGGGGUUCUUAUAUUUGUCGUAAAUUGCAACUUGAGCAACCUUACCAGAAGUAGUAACCUGCGUAACACACAAUGUAUAUGCGCGCGCGCGCACACACACGCGCACACACACACACACACACACACACACACACACACACACACACACACACACACACACA